AUGGCUCCUGAUGAUGCGUUUACCGAUGUUCCUGGCACUGUCUACCUGGUCGAUGCAUCUGGAGACUUGCGAGAUGCUGCUCAUGCCAAUCAAGAUAUCCUUCUUAUUCCUCAACCUUCGCCUUCUUCUGCCGACCCUCUGAACUGGUCCAACUACAAGAAAUACUGGUCUCUCUUCUUAAUUUCCGCCUACGCCUGCGUCAAUUCCUUUGGCGAAAACAACUGGGGCGCAUCAUGGACAACCAUCGCAGACGAAACCGGCGUCACGCUGGAAAACAUGAACGGGGGUUCUGCUCUCAACUAUCUCCUUCUGGGCUUCUUCAAUAUCAUCUGGAUACCUUCUGCGAUGAAGUUUGGACGGAAGAUUAUCUACAUCCUCAGUCUGGUUUUCGUCCUAGCUGGUGGGAUCUGGGGUGCAUUCUUCGAAGGUACGGUGCAGUAUUAUAUCAUGUUGGCUUUGACGGGCAUUGGGACGGCUGCAUAUCAAGCUUUGAUUCAGCUCACGAUUUUUGAUAUGUUCUUUUCUCACGAACGUGGCCGGAUGCUCGCAUUCUACAUCUUCUUCCAACAACUGGGUUCUAUUCUAGGGUUGAUAUUAGGAGGGUAUAUCUCAGAUGGCAUUGGAUGGAGAUGGAGUCAACCUAUUGUCGCCAUCGCUUGUGCUGUUCUUAUCCUACUGUUUAUCUUCACCUUUGACGAUACCAUGUUCCCCAGAUGGCGAUUUGGAGAUACAUCAUCUGAAUCAUCCAAGAUAGGAGAUUCAAACAAUCCAGACCAGCAAGAUACCGGUAAAAAAGAGCCACUUGCCCCCCCAGCAUCCUCCUUGAUAAGCCAAAGCGUUGGCGAAAUCGACAUGCCACCUCGGACAUACCGACAAAAGAUAGCCCUGGUGCACUACUUCCAAGACGACCAAACAACCUGGUUUCAGUACUUCAGACGGCCUUUCUAUCUCUUUGCAUUCCCCAACAUUGUCCUGGCCGGUAUUCAAUUCGCCUUUGGCUGCACAGCUGGAAUCGUUUCCUUCAACACCAUCUCAGAGAUAAUGACUGAACCACCUUAUAACUGGAGUGCCGGCUCAGCUGGACUAUUAUUCCUCGCUGCUCUAGUCGGUAACUUCAUCGGUAUGGGCAUCGGCUCCCUAUCAGACUACAUCGUCCUCUACCUCACCCGCCGCAACAAAGGCUACAAAGAACCCGAAAUGCGUCUUUGGGCUUACGUCUUCUCUUUCAUCCUUGGUGCUGUCGGAUACUUCACUUACGGCUGGGGCGCUACAGCGGGUGACCAUUGGAUGUCCAUCGCUGUUGGUCUUUGCUGUCUCAUUGCUCAACAGGUCUCGGCGACGAGUAUUGCGACUGCGUAUGCGAUGGAGUGUUUUGAUCGGAUAUCCGGUGAACUCGUCAUCGUCUUAGCCAUCUGCUCAUCACUGAUUAACUUCGCUAUUUCCUUCUCUGUGCAGUAUUUCAUCAAUGCCACCAACUAUGGCUGGACUUUUACCUGUUUUGGUAUUUUGGUGCUACUGUCCAUGGCUAUGGGUGCGCCGAUGUUGAUAUGGGGGAAGAGUUGGAGACGAAAGUGUAAGAAGCGGUAUGAACAGUUUUUGGCGGAGACGGGGCAGACGGGGUGA